UUGAAACUCCAUCAACCCAGCCCCGUCUUCAGUCGGAGCAGGAGACGGAGUAGAGAUGCAGGUGCUCUGCUGGGGAGACGGUGCGAGUGGACAGUUCGGGCCACGGCGGGCUUUGGUCCCCGUGCCGUGGCGUGUCAACGAAAGAAUCGUCAAAAUAUGCUGCGGGGAACGACACGCGUUAAUGCUGACCCAGAGCGGCGACGUUUUGUCGAGUGGGGGCAACUCGAAGGGGCAACUUGGUCGGCAGGAAAACGAGACCACGGUAGCAGAUGGUGUGACGGCUUUAAGUGAGGUGCUGGAUAUCGCCUGUGGUCAGGACCACUGCCUGGCUCUGCGUGCCCCUGGACAUGUGUAUUGCUGGGGGGCAGGAGCGGAGGGACAGCUGGGCCUCGGCCCUGGAAAACCAUCGGAAUGUAAAACGCCAAGUCCAGUGUAUAUACCUCUGCAGGUGCCGGUGGUCCAGGUUGCUUGCGGGGACUCGCAUUCCUUGGCUCUGACUCGGGGGGGAGAUGUCUUCUCCUGGGGCUCGAACAGCCAUGGCCAGCUGGGUCUUGGGAAGGAGGUGUCAGUGCAGCCGAUGCCUGCCGCGGUGCUUUCCCUGACGGGGGUAGCGGUGACCCAGAUUUCGGCUGGAGGGACCCACACCUUGAUCCUUACACUUCCCGGAUUUGUCUACUGCUGUGGGGCCAACAAAUUUGGCCAACUGGGGCUCAACAGGGUGGAUGAAAAGGGCAGGUUCAAUAUCUGUGCCGUACCUGCCCUUGGACCACUGGGGGUCUCCUCUAUGAGCUGUGGAGCAGCGCACUCUGCCGUUUUAACAAAGGACGGCAGAGUCUUCACCUUUGGAAAGGGAAGCCAUGGUCAGCUUGGCCACAACACCACUGCUGAUGAACAGAUGCCCAGAUUGGUAGACGGUAUUGACGGACUUGCCUCACAGAUAGCAUGUGGCAGCCACCACACCCUGGUAUUGGGGUCCUCCGGUCAGCUGUGGGCUUUCGGCAGUGGUGAUAAGGGUCAAUGUGGGACUGGAGUUACAGAGAACAGCCUAUUACCUACUUUGGUGCAACUUCCUUGGAUCACUGACAGCACAAAAGCCAUACCCGGGGACUUGAGAAUAGCAGCUGGAUGGAAUACAGAUUUCGCCUACACGUCACCUGCUGAGGAUUUUGAGCGAGGGCAGACGUUCGGACGGUUGGAUGAGUCUAAGCUGCAGGAAUGGCGGGCAGCAGAUAAAUGCAACGAAGAAGCACAGAGGGAAAUGUCCUGGAUGUUCAUGACAAGCUCCAGCCUUGUUGCUUGUUUCACAAAAGCCAGUGUGCGUCCACCAGCGAAAGGCGCCUUAACGGUUGACACUGAAGCCGCCAGCCAAACUUUCGACAAGCUUAUGGACAUAUCCUGGCUAAACCCAACAACGGCGUUUACUAUCCUCAUCGGACGUCUUUAUGACGCAAUACGUUUUGUGAAAUCGCCAGAGGUCUUUGUGGUUCUUCCAACCUGCCCACUUCUCCAAGAAGACGACAACGUCAUGAACGUGGUGCUGCCGCUGGCCAUAACCAUCAUGGGGCUGAAUGAAAACGCUUUGAAAACACUCAGAGGCUGGUGGUCUUCCCUGACUCCCUCCAUCAUGACGAAGCACAUCAUGGUGUUCAAAAAGGCACUGGUCUUCAUGCUGAGAAAUCACCUUUUGCUGACCCACAACCGUAGAGUGAAAUACCUGCUUGAAGUCCUCCAGCUACUCUACAAAGCAAACAACAAAGCCCGAGAGUCCCAGAAGGUUCCAGUGAGUGUCUUUCACGUGGAAGAACUUGUUAAUAUGCUACAGCCAUCUCAAGUUGUUCGGCAUUGGCUGGAUUAUGCAAAAAUUGAGGACGAAGACCAAACACCAGCUAUCUUUUGCCGCUUCCCUUUCGUGUUCAAUCUCUUUUACAAGGUGGCAGUCUUUAACGUCCUUUCAGCCGUCUCACAGGCAUCCCACCAUGUUUCAAGACAGUUCAUGAGUUUUGAUCAAACGGUGACAGCGGAGACCUUAUCCUCCCCUACUAAUAUCCCCGUCUUCAACUUGUACCUGAGGCAGCCUUGCAUUGUGGAGGACACCUUCAGGCAACUGGAUGCAGCUGACCACAGCUGCUUCCAGAAAGAACUCCAAGUUUACUUCAGGGAUAAUCUGGAGCUGACUCUUCGCAACAAAAUGGACUUCUUCGUCGAUGUGUUUAAAGUGUUGACUUGUCCUGAGUCAGGGACGCUCAUGUACAACGAGAGCAAGACUGUAGCCUGGUUUCCUGCGAGGCCCAGAAAAGAGGGGAAACACUACUUCCUGUUUGGAGUUCUGUGUGGCAUGGCCCUCUACAACAACAAUGUCGUCCACCUGCCUUUCUCGCUGGCUCUCUUCAAGAAGCUGGUCAACGUCAAACCUUCACUGGACGACAUGAAGGAGUUUGAACCCACAGUAGAAGAGAGUUUGCGUUGCAUAAAGGAGGCUUAUACCGCUGAUGAUAUGGACGACAUGAACCUGGAUUUCCCGGCAACCUGGGAUGGCAGUAAGGUCAAACUUGACCAAACAGAAAAGCGUGUCACGAGAAACAAGAAAGCUAAUGUUGACGCCUUUGUUAACUAUGUCUUCAACACGUCAGUGGAGAGAGUGUUUGAGGAGUUCAGAAGAGGCUUCUUCAAGGUGUGCAACAGAGACGCGGUGGAGUUCUUCCAGCCAGAGGAGCUGAGAAGAAUGAUGGUGGGCGAAGAAAAAUACGACUGGGAUGUGUUCAAGCAGAACACUGUUUAUGAAGGGGAGUACAACGCCACGCAUCCCAACAUUGUGACAUUUUGGGAGGUGUUCGAGGAACUGACAGCAGAGCAAAAGAAAGCUUUUUUUCUGUUUGUCACAGGUUAUAGCCGUGUACCCAUCACGGGUAUGAACUCGAUUAUCAUGAAGAUCACCGUCUUGUUUGAGUUUACAGAGCUCCAUCGCCCAGAAUCCUACGCCUGUCAUAAGCUGUUGAUGCUGCCAAUCUACUCAGCCAAGAGCAUGCUCCACAGCAAACUCAUAGAGGCUAUUAAUCACAAGAGAGGCUUCUGGAAGGAAGGAUAGCGAUUUAGGUCCAUCAGGGAAAAGCUAGGAAGGCUACCGUCAAAAACAUAAUCUGUAUUGGAUAACUCCCUUUAAAAUAUAAUCAAGCUCUUGUAAUUUGUUGCAUUUAAAUUUUUUGUUUUCAAAAUAUUUAGAUUAUCCUUCCAUUCAUCCAUCCAUUUUCCGAACCGCUUAUCCUGCUCUCAGGGUCGCGGGGAUGCCGGAGCCUAUCCCAGCAGUAAUUGGGCGGCAGGCGGGGAGACACCCUGGACAGGCCGCCAGACUAUCACACAGGGCCGACACACACACACAUUCAUACCUAGGGACAAUUUAGUAUGGCCGAUUCACCUGACCUACAAGUCUUUGGACUGUGGGAGGAAACCAGAGCCCCCGGAGGAAACCCACGCAGACACGGGGAGAACAUGCAAACUCCACACAGGAUGACCCGGGACGGCCCCCCCAAGGUUGGACUACCCCGGGGCUCAAACGCAGUACCUUUUUACUGUGAGGCAACCGCACUAACCACUGUGCCACCAUGCGGGAUAUAGAUUAUCCUAUAAAAUAAAAAUGAUCCUUCAUAUUAUCUUUAUCCGGAGGCACGGUGGCGCUGGGAUGACUGCUGGGAUAGGCUCCAGCAUCCCUGCAACCCCGAGAGCAGGAUAAGCUGUUUGGAAAAUGGAUGGGUGGGUUGAUUAUCUUUAUCCAGAGCACGUUAUAAAUGUUGAGUAGACUUGAGUUUCAUGUCUGAGUUUUAUGUUUUGGUAACAUGGGUAUGUCCCAGAAGGCCAGGAACGUCUUUGGACAUGUGAAGCAGAUUUUGUAUUACUAGACAGUAAGAAAGGGUAAUCCUGUCCUUAUUUAAAAACAAAAUGAACUUCUUUUUUUUUUUUAAAUGCAUGGCUCAAUUGCGGGCAUAUUCAGAGCUUGUUGGCCUCAGCAUCAACAUAAACUAAAGCCUUUGCCCCUACAUGAGUAGAAGUUACAACUGGGGUCAUGCAACUACACAGACAGCCUCUGCAUUAAUACAGAUUUUAGCUUUGGCCCUUGUAUAGGACAAUAUCUGGAGACUUGCAUGUAGAGACAAAAGCUUGAGCCCUUAAGGGCCCAGACACACCAAACCGACUAGCGGCGACGAAGGCCGACUGUUGCGUCGCCUCACGUCACCUGCCGUCUGGGCCAAAAAGUAGCACUUGAACAGACCGCAAAGGCUACAGCCAACGGCCAACUAGCAUGCACAUUCUGCACUGAUUCGCUAAGCUGAACAGCCAAUCAGAGUCAUCUCCCUCAAUGACGGGCUCCGCCGAUUCAACAUGCUGAAUCGGCCGAAAAGCUGCCAACAGGGGUCCGACUAGUGCUGACGGUGCGGGACACACCGCAGAAACUAGGGUCACAGACGGCCCGACAUUGGCCGACAGUCGGCCUGGUGUGUCAGGGCCCUAAAUGACUAAUGGAUACAGCUACAGGGUCCAAUGAACUAAUACUCUUCUCUUGCUUUAGCUGUUGAAGUGACUACAUACUUUAUUCUCCUGAAGCACGAUGUUAAAGGUCCACCCGGUGUGGUUGCUGAGUGUUAAUCACUGAAAUAAAUCU